AGAGGAACGAUGGAGAGGCACAGAGGGAUAGAGAAAAAGUGAGAGUAAUGGGGAAAGAGACGGGGCGAGCGGAGAAGGAAGAAAGUUUAAAAAAAGAUGGGAAAUGGAAGGAGCACGAGAGCGAAAAACGAGGGAGAGAAGAAAUGCGAGUGGAAGAGUGAAAAAUAGAGAAAGGGAUAAGAAAAGCUAAAUAUUGAAAGAGAGGGAGAGAGAGAGAGAGAGAGAUUAGGCGGGAGCGAAAGAUAGAAGCGAACGAGAACGAAACGCUAACGGAGAGCGAGAGCGAAGGAGGGAAAGAGCGCGGAGCGCUCCCCGGCUGUACCCCCACCACCGGGUCGCCCGAACCGGCGUGCGCGUCGUUAGACUCGAGGGACGCCGACGUCAGGACGCCGGACGCGCGCACUAUUCAGUUACCAACAGACCGCGCGACUGUUCGUACGAGCGUGACGUUUACUUCGCGACAGCGAGCGAACGUGAACGGGGUUUAAAACAAGAGAGAGAGAGAAAGAAGAAUCUUCAAUGUCAAGAAAGGAGUGAAAUCUCAGAAGGAACGGAUAAUAACAAGAGGAGUGUUUACAGUUUGGGGAAAUAACGCAAAGAACAAACGAUUUACCAGUAUUGUGGACUCUUGAGAUAAAACACUAUAGAAAUCCGUGGAAUUCGGACUGUUUUACUCGGUUGGUCAUCAUUUUUACUCGUACCUCGUUUUUUUACCUCUGAAAUUCUCGAUUAUACCCUGCCGUUUGAUUGUUGUCUAUCAACAGCGUCGCCAAUUAAGUUUUUCAAUCGUUCUAUUCUGCGAUAAAUACGCGCGCGCGUGUGUAUGUGUUUGGUAGUGACGUUGUGUGUGGCAAAGAGAGUCGCGGUCGAGCGGCAUCCGCGCGGGUUGAACAAAGGAAGAAAGGCCCGAGAGCAGAGACAGGAGCACAGCCCCUUUUUGCUCUCGUAUAUCCCUUCUUUCUUGUCAAUUUCAUGAAAUUUCACGGUAACCGGCUCACUUGGAGACUUCGCGAACCCUUGUUCCGAAAGUUCACUUUUUUCAAUAUAUACUCGACGGAAUUUCAAGUUAUGUGAGCGUUCUUACCACCGUCUGUAUAUAUACACAUUUGUAUAUACGCAUACAUCCCAUAUUCAUUUCUUCGUAACAAUCGAGACAGACGAGCGCGCACCUAUUUAUAUUCUCGGUCUACUCCAUCCUGUGGCGUGAAAUGUGUUUGUAUCCGUCAUAUUAAAACAUACUUCUAGCAUCGUUUAUCGAGUGUGUUCACGAUACAUUAUCGUGAUAAAAAUUCGUGUCGGCUCCCGAAAGUGUGUAAUUUUGGCAAUUUUUGGGAUUUUCCUUCAGGAUUGGAUUGACUAAAAAUCUGAACGAAAUUAACGCGCUGGACAAUCUGACCCGUGUGUUCGUGCGUGCGUGUGUGUGUCAACUUGUGCGUUUUUUUAUUUAAUAUAUUUAAAUAUCUGAAAAAUCACGUCGAGUAGAGCCGCACUGUCUCUGUCGUGACCGACGACCUAACCUCCAAACCGGAAGAACGCUGCGGACGCUAAAAAGACCCGACGCUCUUUCAUAGAACCCAACGAGAUUUAUUCAUAUCGUUGAGUAUUUUUAUCCGCGGUAUUACUCGGGUUCUCUCAAGGGACCAGGAAAAUACGGAGCACCGAAUAAAUAAUUGAAAUAACGUUUCAACAAUUUUUAUACAUUUUUGUUGUUGUUGAAAUAUUAGUUUCACGAGAAGCCGGCUCCCCAGUCUCGUUUCCCGCGCGCGUCGUGUUUCCUUAGACCGAAAGCAAAUAAACGCGAGCGACAGAGAAGGGUAGAGUCUCUUUGUGUGACAUGUGCCACGUUGAACGACGAGUUUGAAGGAGAAUUUUUGCGAACAACUGCGGAUUAUUCUCGUACAUAUACGGGAUGCCGGUUGACUGAAGAUGGCCUCCCCGACACCCUCGUUGGAAUCUCGCGCAAAUUCCCUCGGCUCCCUGGUCUCGGUGUCACCGCUAACAGUGAGCGGUAGCUCUCCACCGGCAAGCGACUCAGCGAUCUGCGACGUCGACACUUGCGACAUCUGUCUCGAUUCUGGUAAACCAGGUGACGGGCCUUGUCCUCACUGUCGGAUUGGAAGCGCCGGUGGUGGUGUGAGGUGUACGGGCUGCAAAUCAACCGAAUCGGACGCGGUAGCGCGUUGCUUCGAUUGCGCCAAUUUUCUUUGUCCGAAUUGCGUAAUGGCGCAUCAAUUUAUGCACUGUUUCGAAGGGCACAGAGUAUUGAAUCUCGGUGACUCGAAGAUGGAACAGACCGAGUCGAGGAACAGCAUUGUCAUAAGCGGCAGUGGGGGCGGUGGAGUAAACGGCGGAGGCAACGGUGAAAAAGCAUUGUUCUGUCCACGGCACAAGACCGAACUACUCAAAUAUUUUUGUCGCGCUUGCACCGUACCGGUGUGCAAGGAGUGCACGAUAACCGAUCAUCCGGGAUCCUUACACGACUGUGCUCACAUCUCCGAGGCUGGACCACAACAGUUGGAAGCAGUUGCGAGGGCUGUCCAAGAUUGUCGUGCCAAAGCGACUGAAGUACGGACCGCUGUCAAGGCUGCCGAUCACGGUGCCGCCAGACUCCAAGUACAAUAUCACAAAGCCCAAAAUGAGAUAAACGACACUUUCCAAUUUUAUCGAUCCAUGCUGGAGGAGCGGAAGCAGGAGCUGCUCAAAGAACUCGAGUCUGUCUUCUCCGCAAAGCAAAUAUCUCUCGGCAUCGUAACGCAAAAAGCUAACGAGAUGGCUGACAAGAUACAACAGACUUGCGAAUUCGUUGAAAAAUUAACAAAAUACACAACCGUUACGGAAGUACUUAUGGUGAAAAAGCUGCUUGACUCGAAGCUCCAACUAUUGUUGAGCUACACCCCCGACAUCGGUGGACAAACGGCUGACCUCGAGUUCGUCAGUAAUUAUCAGGCCAUACAAGUCGGCGUUAGAAACACAUUCGGCUAUGUCAGAAGUACGGCUGACACGAACAAUUGUGGACCCAGCAAACAACCGCCAAUCGCGAGACCAACCGCUUUAUCGAGCGGAGGUAGCAGCAGCAACGCAAGCAGCGGACCCGGAAGCGCCGGAUCCCUGGGUGGUCUUCUCCUCGAUAGGCCGUACAGCAACGGCCUCGUGUCGACGAACACCAACUGCGUGUCAUCGACGUCGCCCUCUUCGUUCGAGAGCAACGUAAUAUCGAAAAGAUUCAGCUCGGUGAACAGCCUCGGGCCAUUUUCCACGACCAUAAGCGAUCUCAAUCUCAACGGGAUGAAUAAUCCUUACGAGAAAUGGAGCAACGGCGGUAACGAUUCUUAUCCCGUAACGAGCAACGAUCAUUUUCCAAUGCCAAAUUCAAACGCACCAGCCAACGAUUCGGUGCUCGAUCUCACGUCGAAACUCAUGUCAGCGGCCGCCAUAUUUCCACCCAAGUCACAGCUCAAACGACAGAAAAUGAUUUAUCACUGUAAAUUCGGUGAAUUUGGAAUAAUGGAGGGACAAUUUACGGAACCGUCGGGGGUCGCUGUGAAUGCGCAGAACAUCAUCGUCGCUGACACGAACAAUCAUCGUAUUCAAAUAUUCGACAAGGAGGGUAGAUUCAAAUUCCUUUUCGGCGAAUGUGGCAAGAGGGACGGCCAGCUGUUGUAUCCGAAUCGCGUCGCCGCUGUGAGACCCUCCGGCGAUAUUAUCGUCACCGAAAGGUCGCCCACUCAUCAGAUACAAAUUUACAAUCAGUACGGACAAUUCGUACGAAAAUUCGGUGCCAAUAUAUUGCAACAUCCUCGAGGUGUUACCGUCGAUUCCAAGGGGCGUAUAGUCGUCGUCGAGUGCAAAGUAAUGCGUGUCAUAAUAUUCGAUCAGGCUGGCAACGUCCUUCAAAAAUUCGGUUGUUCCAAGCAUCUCGAGUUUCCCAACGGUGUUGUCGUCAACGACAAACAAGAAAUAUUCAUAAGUGACAAUCGCGCUCAUUGCGUCAAAGUUUUCAACUACGAAGGUGCUUACCUCCGUCAAAUCGGUGGCGAAGGUAUUACGAAUUAUCCGAUCGGUGUCGGGAUCAAUGCCGCUGGUGAAAUUCUCAUUGCCGACAAUCACAACAAUUUCAAUCUCACGAUAUUCACCCAAGACGGCCAAUUGGUAUCGGCACUAGAGAGCAAAGUAAAACACGCUCAGUGCUUCGAUGUUGCACUCAUGGACGAUGGCUCGGUUGUUCUCGCGAGCAAAGAUUACCGUCUGUACAUUUACCGUUACGUCCAAGUGCCACCGAUCGGUAUGUAGAAUUGAUCGUAUAAUAAAGUCGAAUAUUCGACCACCGCCAGCCCCUCUUGUGUCUAUCGAGCUCCAAAACGUAAAUAAUCGUUUAAUCGCACGACGUCGUGCUAUUUACCGACCACCAACCGAAUGUCUACACCUCCAAAGGGGAAACAUCACUGGCAAACGAGAACCGUACGAAUUGUAUCAUUUUUUCCGUGGACGUUGAAACGACCGAGCGUCAACCGAGCUAAUUCGAAGUACCGAGCGUCGAGGCUGAUUGUAUGCAUUGCCAGUGAUCCUGUGACAUCAAGAAUCCUCACUCACUCACUUACCUCAAAUUCCUCUCAAAUCCGGAGGCACUCUGUACCCAAGACUGGAUCUUGGACGUAAUCAGCAGCAGCAGUAGCAGCAGCAGCAGCAGCAUUACCCUCAUGCGCUCCAUCAUCUUCGGCAUCCUCGUAACCGACUUCUACAAUGUUUGAAUCAUCAUCGAUUGAUACAUCCACCGAGAGCAUAGUCGUCAGUAUCCAUCAACGAGCGCCAAUAGCUACGAGCCGUGCUCACGUACAUUUCCCUUUGGACCCACACACUCACAGACACAACACACAAAGACACAUGCGAACAUGAAUUUUACUAUUAAUACGCGACCCGGUGAACUUGAUGUUCAGGACGAAUGAAGAUUUUCAAGCUAAAACUCGAGACAAAUAACGAUGACGAAGACGAGCGUCUUCUUUACCGAACAAAAUGAUCGGAUAUUCGAUUUUAAUGGGUUUGAUAAAAGUACGAAUUCGAUACGUGAAAGCGUGUCGAAACUGCUAAAGUUGAAGGCGAACGAAUAAAUAAAAAAACAGAAGAAAAAAAAGAGCGAAAGUGGGGAGAGAGAUGCCCACGUCUGUUUGCACUCCUUGUGAGACAUUUUGGAGAAAUAAGCAUAAGUGAAAAAAAAAAAACAAAAUGAACAAUUAUUCUUUUCAAAUGGUUACGACACACGCACAAAUAAGAGGACGUUCCAAAAAUCCCUUUGAAUAUUAAACGAGAAGAAAGAAAGAAACAAAAAACAACCUCCCUCUCCCUCCGAAGCGAACUCGGAUACAAACCGAGACACACACGUACACACGCGCGAAACUUACUUGUUAAUGUUGUUAUAUCUGAAAAUACUGUUGUUGUUGUUUAGUUGUAGAGCUCGCCGCCGCUAGUCACUUUCCUCGUUCCCUUUAUGCCCCCCCCCCCCCUCCCCCCGCCCGAGCCCUUCCGCUUUCCGAAAAGGAAAAGAUAAAAGAAAACAAAAAAUACCGUAAAAUCAUGCCCCCACGUUGCCUCUUAACACUUUCGUUGAUCCUUCACCCUUCUCAUUCCUUAACGACCAUGUCCGAGUGAUUCGAACAUGCUCGUUUCAAUCUCAGCCAACUUUGUCACCAAUUGUUUUUCUCUCAUAUUUUUUUUUUUUUCCUAAUCUCCAGUUUGUUACGUUCAUCGAAGACUCUCCUUUGGAGUCGUGAGGAUUUUUUUUAUCUUGUCUCAACAGUAUUCAUAUAGUUUAAAAAAAGGUUCAUCGGAUAUUCAGUCCAAGCUCGUGCUAGCCUCUUCGCAUUGAUGACGCGACUGUGUUCGUUGACCUUGAGAGCCCCCAACUCUUUCGCCCAGCAUCGUCAUUAUUACGCUCAUCAUUAAGGUAUUGACCUAAAUUUCUCCAUUCGCGUGCAGAAUCAACGCGAAAGAGAGAGAGAGAGAGAGAGAGAGGCAUUUGUUAAAUUUUACUUUACCUUAUAUUUGUUUAUGAUCCGUGGAUGCGCCUCGGUCCUCGAGUUCGUGAAAGCCUCACCAAUUUCACGUUCUAACUGUGUAUGCGUGCGCGUGAGUGUGUCCAAAUGCGCGGAUGUAUUUUUUUCCAAUCGAGACAUUAGAAUUCAUUAGGAUCGCACGUGAGAUAAGAUGUGAUAGAGAUCAAGUAAGACAUAAUAAUGCUGCAGGAGCAUCGCCAUCACGAAAGCCCCCCCCCCCCCCCUCCGCCCUCCCCUCGCCCCUUACGAGAUGUGUUCCUUAUACUUACUAAUAUCUCACUGUGAGCUCUCGAUUAUUUUAUCAUAAUCGUGUGACUGGAACAAUACAAAAAAAAACACGUUGAUGCGGAUGUUAGUCGCUGACGAUCGUUUCGUUUUUUUUCUCUCUCUUCUUUUUAUCUUAAUUUAUAUUUAUCAUAUUUUUUUAGUGUCUCGGAUGAGAGCUCUGAAACGGGUGAUAUCCGGUGCGAAAGUUGCAUUUACGCGUUGUAUAACGAAAAAUUAAAUGGUCGUAGAACUUUUUUACAAUGGGACUGUUCAUGUCCAAUUGACAUUCGUAGAUUUUGUUUGUUUGUUGGUUUGUUCUUAUUUUUUUGAUUUUCUUCUCACUCUUUUUUUUUUUUUUAAUUGUGCAUUAUUAUUAUUAUUAAUUCUGUUUCUAAUCUUCUUCUUCUCAUCGUACUAAUGAACGAGCCCUUGUACGUUUCAGCAUUGUACAUAAGCUCCAUUCAUAUACCUCAUUGUCCGAUCGUACGGAAAAUCCCAAGCAAUCUCCUCCCCCCUCCGACUUUUCUCAAAUCAUCGCUCGAUAAUAAUUCAUCAUGAAACAGAUGCAUGAAAAAAUCGUACGAUCACACAUACGCAUAGUAAAGUAUUCAGAGAAAUCAUACCGGCGAGUCAUGAGUCGGAGAAACGAUUGACUUACGAAUCAAUCGAUUCUCUCACUCGAAUCCAUCAACUUUCACACUUAAAAAAAUGCUUCCUGCUCUCCUGUGUUUUUCUCUCCUUUCCAUUACUUUUAUCUGUUACAUUUUCAUGAUGUUUACUAUUCAGACGUAGUACCGUAGAUCGUAGUCCGUAGGGAAUUUAAUUACACCAUUUAAAUUUGUUCUCUUAACUCGCUCUUUUUAUUAUUAAUAUUAUUGAUGAUAAUAUUAUUAUUAUUAUUAUUAUUAUUAUUAUUAUUCCCUUCACCACGUGUUAUUAUCGAUUAUUAUUAUCGUCUUUAUUAAUAUUAUUAUCCUACUGUCAUCUAUUAUCAUUAUAUUAAUUCAUAUGACAAUUACUAUUUUUAUUAUGAUUAUGAAUUAAGCAUUAAUUAUUAUUAUAAAGUGACUGCCGAAACUCUCUUCUAUUAAUGAUAAGUUAAUUUUUUUUUCUAUUCUUGUUUUCUCGUUUGCUGAAUAUCGCACGCAACAUUUUGCUUGUCCUUUUCCCUUAAGCCCUGUAGAAAAAAUCGAGUGGGUUCGCUCUCAGCGACGCGAUUACUGCAAGUGCGUAUUUUUUUUUUUUCUCGUGUACGCCGUAUUCGAUCGAAAUUACAUGGGCUCUUACACACAUACAUACAUACAUACACACACACACACACACACAAAAGUGAAGGACAUAAACACAAAUACGAAAGUAUUAAUAUAUUUUGUUGGAUGAAUCGAGAUCGUUGUCGAAUUGUGGACGGUUGUGGUCUACGAAAAAAUUAAAGAAAAAAAAAGAAGAAAGAAGCAACGCAAAUCGAUUUCAUGCAUGUUUACUAUUUACUAUAUUAUUGAUUAUUGUAUUAUUACUAUUAUUAUCGUAUUAUUAUUGUAUUAUUAUUGUAUUAUUAUUGUAUUAUUAUUAUUAUUAUUAUUAUUAUUUUCUAUUUUUAUCUACAAAACGCGCGAUUGUAUUUUCAUGCCCAAAAAGUGGGCUAGGAAAAAUAGAUGAAAUGAAUUUUGAAGCACAAUCGCACUGAUCUCGAGACAAGCAAUCGUUUGUUAGCGAAAUCUCGGACGAAAAAGAUACUAUUAAAAAAAAUAAAAAAAUUGAAUAGAGAGGAAAAGUAAAUUAUGAGAUGAAGGAACGAUGGAGGAUUAGAAAAGCAAAGAGAUACAUUAAUCAAAGAGGAAAAGAGUCUCUCAAAAAUUGACGUAAAAAAAGACUGUAAGAGGUUAGCUGGCGAAAACAACACCUUAACAAAAAUUUUUCUCAAGCGUUGGUUUUAUUUGGCAAAAAAAACAAAUGAUUGUUAAAUAUUUAACGACAACAGGGAAAUCAUUGAUAAUGAAACGUGAUCCGAACGAGAAUUAAACGAAGAACGACAAACUCUCCGUUCCUUUUCUUCUUAUUAUUAUUAUUACUAUUAAUAUUAUUUCUUACUAUUAUUAGUAUUAUUAUUUUUAUCAACUAGUCCCAAGACAAAUUGUCCGGAGUUCCGAAUCGACGAAUGAGACCUCGGUCCAGAACUCACGGGCUCAUCGAAUUACCUUCGAAAUUACCCAAGAGACUCGCGAACGAGAAACUCCGAGUCGCCCACACUACGGGUCACGUCUCGUUCGAUCGGUGAAUGUACUUAUUUGGAAACAAGAAAAAAAAAGUAAUCAUAAUAAUAAUGAAAAAUAAAAUCUCCUUUGAAACGCCCUCAUAUAAAAGCUUCGAAUCGCGCGGAUGGGCAACAUUUUCGCCAAAGACCUGUCGUCCGUCGGCUGGUCAUGAUCUCAAAAUAAAUGCGCGUUAGAAAAAAAAAACAGAAAAACGUUAAUUACCACGCGUUUUUCCUAGCUCGUCGAUCCUUCUGAGUGCUCGUUUUUUCUUAUGUAUUAUUUUUACAACUCCUCAUUGAAGAUUCAAACUCGAUGUACCAAAGUGCUGGAUAAUUAUAUUAUUUUGUGAUUUAUAAAAGGAAAUUUAAAAAAACAAUUAAUCGUAAAUAAAAAUGAUAAAAGAAAUAAAUAAUGCAAUCAAUGCCGCACUCACACUCCUCAUCUCCGUUAGACUCAAUCAAACUAUCAGAUCGCUGGAAUUGAGUAGCGUCUCGUUUUGUGGGUGUUUCGGUUUGUUUUUGUUUGUUUGUUUUUUUUUUUUUUUUUUAAAUAUAUACAUUAAUCGAUUUAUUUCGUAUAAACAUUUUCGAGUUUGCGUAGUAUUUAUUCUUUGUCGUUUCGAGAGCCGAAGAAUACUGUUAACGAAUCCAUACGAUUAAUCACUUUCGCGCCAGCUAACCGUUUGAAAAUGCGUCAAUUGUAUCCUGAAUUUCGAUAUAAAUGUUGAGAAUGUCCUUCUUCUUCGCGAAUAAUAAACUAGUAGAAAGCGGAAGAAAAAAACAAUUUUACGAUGUGCGAUCUAACACAUUGUACUCACGUUGUACGUACACAAGGAAGAGAUAACGAAGAUUUAAGAUAAA